AUGUACCCGCGGUAACGCAGUAACGGCGUAGGGCGUAACGUCCCCUCCCCCGUGAACGGUGUACCCGACCCUCUUCGCCGGCCGUCGCCUAUCCAAAUCCGUCACGGACGCUUCCACGCGACCAAGCAGCCACGCGGCGCUGGUCUGGCCGGCCAUGUCCUGCCUCGCGGCGCCGCCGGCUGCACCGCCAAAGGCGGGGGAGCGCAUGCUCCGCGCCGCCGCUCCUUUGCGCUCGCCUUCGCCGUGCCGGGGCCUGCAUUACGCGGUGCGGGGGACUGGAGGGCGAGAAGCCGGGUGCGGCCGGCGGCAGCUGGCGCUGCUGCGGUGCUCCCCAGCUGGCGAGUCCAGGGCGUCCGGGGACGGCGGCCUUUCCAGCUUCUGUAUAAUUGAAGGUCCAGAGACGAUCGAGGACUUUGCUCAAAUGCAAUCGCAGGAGAUUGAAGACAACAUCAUGAGCCGACGCAACAAAAUUUUCCUUCUGAUGGAAGAGGUUAGACGGUUGCGAGUGCAGCAGCGUAUCCGAACUUCUGAAAGCAAAGAUGCCAACACUGAAGGAAAUGAAAUGCCUGAGAUUCCAUCAACUAUUCCAUUUAUGCCUGAUGCGUCACCAAAGACUAUGAAGCAACUCUAUAUGACAUCGUUCUCUGUCAUAUCUGGGAUAAUCAUUUUUGGAGGCUUGAUAGCCCCAGUACUUGAACUGAAACUAGGGCUGGGUGGCACAUCUUAUGAAGAUUUUAUAAGGACCUUGCACUUACCUCUUCAAUUGAGUCAGGUAGAUCCUAUAGUGGCAUCAUUUUCAGGUGGCGCAGUUGGUGUUAUCUCAGCUUUAAUGUUGGUCGAAGUGAGAAAUGUCAGGCAGCAAGAGAAGAAAAGAUGCACAUAUUGCCAUGGGACUGGGUACUUGCCAUGUGCUCGCUGUUCUGCUAGUGGGAUGUUAUUGAACACAAAGCAGUUUUCAUUAUUGGGGCAUAAUAUGUGGUCAAUGAAAGGAAGGUGUCAGAAUUGUUCUGGAGCUGGAAAGGUGAUGUGUCCGACGUGCUUGUGCACAGGAAUGGCGAUGGCAAGUGAGCAUGAUCCACGGAUUGACCCUUUUGAUUAGUUUGAUAUGACAAUACGCUUUUUGUCUGUUUCGUGGAAAAUAUGUUGCCGAUAACAGCAAUAAACUCAUGUUUGUAUGUACGUUAUGUUUGUUACUACGUGAUCACUUGAGAGGAGUUGAGUGCAACCCUUGUCCAAAAGAGGACACUACAAAUGUAGGCUUGUCUGAACCACAGAAUAAAAA